AAUCGCCACCCCCCACAGUGCAGAAGGAAAAUGUCAAAGUGAGAACCCACUUUUUUUACCUUCCCGUUUGUUUGCAUCGAAAAGAGAAAUCUUCAUCUCAGGGACUCACUAAUCUUCGUUCGUCCGUUUCGGUCAGGAUUCUGCACAUACACACACACGCUAGCCAGCAUGGCAGGUUCCGCCUUGAGGCGCCUAAUGGCCGAGUACAGGCAACUUACGCUCAACCCUCCGGAAGGUAUCAUUGCGGGCCCUAUCAGUGAGGAGAACUUCUUCGAAUGGGAAGCGCUAAUUACCGGCCCGGAAGGAACCUGCUUCGAGGGGGGAAUCUUUACAGCCAAACUGAUCUUUCCACCGGACUAUCCGCUCAGCCCACCGAAGAUGAAGUUUACCUGUGAAAUGUUCCAUCCCAACAUUUUCACCGACGGACGGGUCUGCAUAUCGAUUCUACACGCACCGGGAGACGAUCCGCUGGGAUACGAACUAUCAGCCGAGCGCUGGAGUCCUGUACAGAGUGUGGAAAAGAUUUUACUAAGCGUUGUUAGUAUGCUGGCCGAGCCAAAUGACGAGUCCGGCGCAAACGUGGACGCAGCGAUAAUGUGGCGCGAAAAUAGGGAAGAGUUUAACAAAAUUGCCAGACGCAUCGUACGCAAAACGUUGGGCCUUUCAUCAUAAAGCUUCCGAAAGAGACGAAACAAAAACCCCGCAACGAAUUGAGAGGAGUGGUGAUGGUGGUGGUGGUGACGGUGGGUUCGACGGUGGUGCUGCCAACCUAUUUCCGGUACCGCACGCCGGUGGUAAAGGGCAACCCCCGGGACACGCGGGAUCGAAAAUUGCAAUCGUGUGUAGUUAAAGACGUUUGUUUUGUAUGUUGUUGUUAUUUUGUGGAAUAUAGGGCGCUGAAUUGGGUGGUUGGUUGGUUUUUGUGGCGAUUAAACAGGCAUUGUCAAUACACCCGCUUUGCGCGAUACCGUGCAGUGGGGUGGAAGAAAAAUACUGUUUUUUUUUUUAAUUCAUUUAUCCUUUUCGUCCUGUUUCGUAAUGACGGGACAAGUUUAUUUCGGUUUGAAAAAAAGCUUUACCGUACACACUCAUAUUCGUAUCGCGGACCAAUGCGUGUUUGUGUUUUUCUCCUCCCCCUUCUUUUCAUAUGUUAUCACCAUUCCGUUGAAAGGCUACGUUUAAUUAGAGUUUGAUUAGUUUGCAUGUGAUAAUAAUAAUAAAAAAACAGAAAAAACCGAACAAAUAAAGCAACAACUAGUACCCUGUUAAA